UUCGUAUAAAACAAACCGCACGUGUUUCAACUCAUAUUUUCAGUUGUGUUGUUUUUGUUAACAUUAUAAUGACGAAAAUUCAUGUAAAAUUUGUGUUUUUAUUGUUUUUUACUCUGUUUUAUGAAAAUAUCUCAGCGUCUACCGUGCCCAAAUUAAUAGAUUCAGAAGGAUAUGUUGUGGAGAAGCAUUUUGCCACGACAAAGACUGGCUAUAUUUUGGGUUUGCAUCGUAUACCAAGAAGCAAAAAAGCCGCCACUAACAAUGCCACUAAGCCGGUCGUCCUGCUGCAGCAUGGCCUCGCAACGUCCUCCGAUUGCUGGAUUCUCUCCGGACGUAGAUCCGCUUUAGCGUUCCAGUUGGCGGAUAAAGGAUACGACGUGUGGCUGGCAAACUCGCGCGGAACCGUUUACUCCAGCAAUCACACGAGGCUAAACAUGAGUUCCCCGACCGACAGGAACAAGUUCGAUCGAUAUUCAUUCCAUGAGAAAGGCAACGAAGAUCUCCUAACCACCAUUGACUUUAUUCUCGCCCACACAGGCGUGCAGAAUCUUGCUUUGUACGCGCAUUCUGAAGGAGCCUCGAUGUUUUUUGCAUUGGGUGCAACACAACCGAAACAAUUAACGAAAAUCAACUCGUUUUUUGCGUUUGCACCGCUCGUGUUCAUAGGGAAUGUUACCUCGCCUGUGGUGAAAUAUACUGCGGUUGCUAACCAACUUUAUUUGUUUGGAUUCCUGUAUGAUUUUGCGAAACCGUUUGUGGGUUAUGCACUCAAAACAUUAAAUGGUUUCUCAACCAAUUUUAUAACUAGAGGAUAUACGACCUUACCAAUUACCAUCAUCAGCGGUGGGGCUGAAGGACAAAUCGCUGGCGGAACUAUUUCCAAGUUGUACAAGCACUUUCCCAGCUACGUCAAUAAACGAAGUUUGUCCCACUUACUACAACUAGUCACCUCAAAACGAUUUCAAGAGUAUAAGCCUGUUUUUGGUAGACUGUGGGAUAUGCUCAGGUUGUAUCCGAAGAAAUACAAUCUGAAAAAGGUUACCGUGCCGAUGUAUUUGUACUUUAGCGAAGCUGACACGUUCAUCAACGCGCGUAACCUGAAGCGGUUUGAUGAUGCCUUCGUGAGGAAACCGAAAAUAUUCAACGUACACAAUAACUUUGGUCAUUAUGACUUUGUUUACGGUAAGGAUGCUGGGAAAGUUUAUGAACUUACUUACGAAGCACUGAAGAAUCAUACCAGCACUGUUAAGAAUUAACAAAAAAUAAAAAUAAAUAAAAACUAUAAACUUUAAA